CACCGAGAGGAAUGAAGAGGAUGAAGAUGACGACGAGAGCGACAGCAGCGCGGCGUUCCUGCCGUAGCCGCCGCGCGAUGUGAAGAGAACCGGAAGUCACGACCGGGACGGCUAUGUGAAGCACAGAACGCCGCGUCUCCGUGCUACGCCCAGGCCACUCGGCGCCUGGGCCCGAAUAGCGGACACAAGAGAGAGAGAGAGAGCGAACAACAGGCGCCCUCGCGCCCGGCGCUUGGGCGUCAGGCGCCCGUCCAACCAUGAGGCCGCGGACCUUCGAGAACCUCGACGUCAAGGACUUGCGCGUCACGCCGGCCUCGAAGCGCCUGCGCCGCAUCGUGAUCGGCGCCUCGGUGGUCUACAUAUUCAUCUUCACGCCCGUGAUGGGCUACUUCAUCUGGAACUACAUGAUGGCCGCGCCCAACCUGUCCCGGCCGCGACACGGCGGGUCGGCCGACCAGGACAAGACGUGCGCGAACCGACGCCUGCCGUCGCUCCACUUCGGCCUGCACAGGGCGGGCCGACACCGGGACGGCGCCGCCAACGGGUCCACGCCGUUGCCGCACGCCAACGACACCCACUCGGACCUGACUUCCUCCGGCAGACAGAUGGACAGCGUGGUGAACUUUCUCCGCGAGCGAAACUUGAAGGUCAACAGGAUGGCACGCGGGGGCGGCAGUCACCCACCUUCCAACGCCGUCGGGCGUCAACAAGCCGCCGGAGUCGAGGCGGAGCAACCGUCAGGUCCUCAGACGCCGCAGGCUGCGCUAAUCCUUGACAAAGAUAACCGCAUCCAUGACUCCCGGCCAGCUUCUACCGGGGUACCAGCAGGUGGAGCAGCAGGGAGUCUUAUGCAACAGAAGCAGCAGCCCUGGGAGCCGGGAAAGCAGCCAGAAGCUGGCGGCCAAGCCAAGCCCGAGAUCGCGGGCCGAGGAGAUCACCCGUCAGCGGCGGUCGGGAUUAAUAAUCUGCCCGUGCAAAUCGGACGCCAGGAAAUGGCCGUCGGAGAGGGAGGCCCGGAGGAAAGCUCGGUCAACGACGAAAUUCGUGGAGGGCCCGCUUCGAUAACCGGCGGCAAAGGAGGUGGCGGAGUGGUCGGUUCCGGCACAAACCAAGAUGGUGGCCGCGGAAGGCAGACGUCCGACGUCGCCGGCGCUAUGGCUUCGGCGUCGUCCCAGAACGAUGCGAGCCUUGGACAUUCAGAAAAGAAGCUACAAUCUCUCGGGAGUCAAGAGUCGGCCCAAAGAGGUGAAGAGGAGAGGCCGACGCUGCAGAAGACACCAGUGAUGAGGGAGAAGGUGCGAGAAAGGACUUACGUUGGUUACAAGGAGUCCGUGGAGAACGACGCAUCCGGAGGAGCUCAUCCGCGCGUCUAUUCGAACCGGCAGGGGAAGGACAAGGUGGGCGUCCUUCACGAAGGAGCCACGCUUAUCGACAGAAAGCCACUGCGCUACUCGAGUGAUGCCAAGGCUUCCGUACAGGACAGGCGAGGCUACAAGGGCGGACGCGCGCUCUCCUCGGCAAUAGGAAGCAGAACUGCCGAAGAGCUUCGGCGUCUACGCUCCGAAAAGCUAAUGCUCAAGCUCAGGAAGCUUCGUAACAUGGCCAGACAAUCGAAAGACCCCAGCGCCAAGCGAGGCGCCGUUUUAGGCGACGUCCUUGGGAAAGAUGGCCACGAAAGUGCAAGGCAAGUGGACGUUGCCUUGCAAAAGGAACUGGUUCAGAUGACGGAGAGGAAGGGCCGAAGAAGCGGGGCGCCGGUGCGGGCUUCGGGCAGCGGGUUCGGCGCCAACCGCGAGCAAAACGGCUCGGCCGCGUCGUCGGCGGAUAACAGCGACAAGCAGAGGAUGAUCGACGGAAUACCGUCCAACAACAAGGAGGCCAACGAAGUGCUGUCCUUCGCCGAGUUCUUCAAGAAACACCUCUCCCCUAAACAGCGGCCCUCUAAAGUGCACGACGGUAUCGACGCUCUCCAGGGACGAAGGCUGAUGAUCGACUACACGACCAACAAGAAGGGCAAGGAUGCCGUCGACGAAGGCAUUGACGCUGGCGGCUGGCCGGAAAAGCCGGAGAAACCUCCGCCUACUAAGUAUACUCUGGAUCCAUACCAUCCUUAUAUAGCCAGGCGCGGCGCCGGUUGGGACUUCUACGAUCCUCUGAAACCAGCCACGGAGAGGAACAAUGCCAAGGAGCUCGCCGAGCAAGAGUUUUACUCCCCUGACAGGCCAUCUGCUGAGUUGCGGCGGCGGCUGGCAGGGCGGUUUCUGGCCGCGCCUCCCUCUACAUCCGUCCCUUUCUUUGGGCUCAACGAAUCUUCGCUCCAAGGAUUCUCUGGAGACUCCAGACAGGACAAUGGAAGCGCCAUCUCCAGAAACGAAAGUGCGGCAGGAGUGCUCGCCAACGUUCGACCAGCGAUUCGCCAUGCCCUGUCCGGCCAGAAGACGAAGGCUGAAUACAUCGGUCGAGGCUACCCCGAGAACAAGUUGUCGCCGAAUCUCAACCACCGCUACGACGGGACUGAGGGCCCCGUGCCCGCUGUUUUUCAAUAUCCAGUUGAGCAGGCUGUUGGCGGCACGACAAAUGGAUCGGAAAAAUAUUUGGCCGACGUGAACAGUGGUCUUGCUAAGGCGGAGUCUAAUUCAUCUAUGGUAGCAAAGCGCCGCGCUCCCAACAGAUCCGAGGCCGAUUCUGUCGGAGGCGAUGCCAAAGCGUUUCCUCUCGGAAGCUUAAGUCGAGAUGAGAGGCCUCGCAGCAGGGCUUUGCCGUCAGACAUAGGUGCCGCUGGCCACAUUACCGCGCAUUCUUCAGAAAAAGGGGCCGAUCAGAGACAUGAUUACCGCAAGGGACCUGAUUCAAGUGACACGCCACCAAACUUAGUGAAUCGCACAGGCAAUCGUGGUAAACUAAGCACAAAAAGCGAAGCCCCUACAAGCAGCAAUGCCAUGAAAGAUGAUAGAGGACGCCAGAAGCCGGGAAAGAGAGAGGAAACACAAAAUGAAGCAAACACAGGGGCACACGAUGAAGGAUUGCCAUCGUCAGGCAGCCGAGGUUCUGAGACUGACAAGAAAUCGGAGAACACGGUAGUAAGCCUCAAGUUUGCUGGAAGCAGGGUUCCCGAACGAGAUUCAGCACCUAUCCAAAACGGGGGCUCUGAGCUUACUCAAGACAAUGCAAAAGGAAGCGCUUCGGCAGUCAUUCCUGCCGUCCCCAAAUUGAACGCCAGUGAAGGAGUCUCGAAAAAUAAUAGCAAGGUGCGUCCAGGGCUGAUUAACAUCGAACCCAUUCCGAUCGAAGGCCCCGAGUUUAUCGCAGUUGGAGACGCCAACGACACCACAACGGCGACGCCUGGGCCUGAUGACGGCUCUACUGCCCUAGGUGAACAUGGAAAGGAAUACGAAGACAUGGUGCCGGAAGAUGAGCGCACCAUAUUUCAGUCGGCGCUGAAUCACAGUCGCAACGCGACCCACAGAAACGAAGACACCAUCGCUGUCAAUUCGUCAGCGCGCCUGCCGACGCCAGGGCACAACGGGAAGCAUAACUUCAAGCCCGAAGUGAUGGAAUUGACGCCACCAAAAAUGGGCUCGGCGAGCCCUACAGAGCGCGAGCUCACGCGCUCUCACGGCACGCUGUCGAGUUCCGCGUCGCCUGAGCGUGGAGCUCUCUCCACCCACCUUACCACCAACGAGACAGACAACGACUUGGACGACGUUCACAAUCACGACGAAAAUUAUCUCCGCAUUGACGCCAGAGCUGUGAAGAAGGUGGACGCGUUCACGGAACCAUCUAACGUCGACAUAGUCAUUCAGAAUAAGGUAGCAGCGAGCGGUAAGUCGGGAACCACAGCCGUGGUCUUGAAGGAAGUUCCAAAAGUAGGAACACCAAAAAUUUCCGCUGGUCACGUCCCUCCGGCUGGGCGUGACGCCUCGAGGCACCUUUCUCAGACCAUCGCUUACUCAGAGAGAGGAGCAGCGGUGACCGAGGCGAGACCCUCUCCAGUGCCCACGAGUACUUCCACCCUACACAGAGAGAAGUCGGGAUUUGUCAGCAGUUCGCCGAAGGCAUUCCCGGAACUGAGCACCCCGAGUGACAAGGUUCGCCGAAGAAUAGGAGACACGUUCACGUCGCCGGCAGAUCGAGAUAACAAAACCUUGAAACCUUCACACGCCGUCGAAAACGCUGCGAGAGACGAAGGUAAGAAAGAGACGAAAACGCAGUUCCUCCACACAGACGCGCCCGGAAAGUGGCAGCCUUCGGAAGCCUUCGGGCACAAAAACGUGUCUGCUGCAGGUCCUGGACAUCGCUCGACCCUGGCAACACGCCAGACAAGGCACACCGUGUCUUUAGGAAAGAUAAACGGCAUUACGAUUGAGGUGAUCAAGGGAACGGGUCAUCAUCCAAGGAGGUUCGGCAGCCACCGACGCAGGAAAGACGUGCGGUCUUCCACAGGUUCUGGUCGUCACCCAACAAUGACGACUUCCAAAAACGCAAGUCACGCGCCCUCAACAGCAGGCGUUUCCAAGCCCGUAGUCAACAAAAGAGCGCUCGCCGAGGAGUCGUCAACUCCAGUGCAUCCUUCGGACAGCACAAAAAUUGUGGUAAAAGAGAGCACCCAGAAAGCCGGUCCUACCAAGAAGUUGAUCCCAGAAGCGAAGGACAAAUCGGCGACUUCGGAAGAGUUCACCCAGCCUCCGAUACAUUUAGCCGAUAAAAGGGGGCAUUUUGAAAGGAUGACGCCUUCAUCCAGGGGUACUUUGUCCAAAGAAAGAACUAGUGAAGAGAAGUCUUCUGCUAACACCGGUGCAUCGAGGUUGUCAGUUACGGGUAGCUCUCCUUCGCCUAUCACCGGCCAACAUAUUAGAGCUUCAGAUAUCAAGCCAGAUAACAGGGCACUUCGCGAGAACAAACUAACCACAAUGCAGAAUAGAAGUGCCUUGACGGGAAGCGUCACACAAAAGAUGUCGAGUACGACACCACCAACUGUAACCAAAGGGGGCGCUACAACCCAUCCCCGAAGAGAGAGGGAUAUUGCAAGAGUGCCGACAGAGGAUAAGCGAGUGUUUGUUGGCGGCGGAAAAACACCGACGCCGAGUGUACGCCAUUCAGGGAAAGAAACGAGCGCCAACGUGGCUUAUACGCGCACCGUUUCUGCAACAACUUCCGCGUCAACAGAGAAACGGAUAGGUCAAACGAAAGAGGUCGAAGGAUAUUCAAAGCACUCCGGUGGCAAGAGGCCACCGGAAACAGAACGGUCAACCACAAGGAAGCUUGACAGACCGAGAAAGGAGACAACGCAUAAUGACUCGAAGAAUGUACCUUCAGAUAGCAGCGUUCACGACAAGACGAACAAACCAGUCACAUUAGGUGUUGCCACGAAGUCUUCCACCCAGAGGGUUUCACCAUCUCAGCAUUUGCGUGUGGAGAAAACAUCACAGAAAACAACGCAUGCAGGUGGAGAAAAUAAAACUAGAGCUUCCACCUUCAAGAGUACCUCUUUGCCGCCUGUAACCACUUCCACUACAGGUCGUACGGUGAGUGAGACAUCGACCAGUGAAACACCCAUACCAGAAGUGGGCGCUGGCGAAGACAUGCUCGGAAUGCUUGAGAAGCAGGACAAAAUAGUAAUGUCGACUUUUGGUCCGAAAGAUCACAUACUGCCCAACAAACAAGCGUCGACGUCCAGUCUCGAGUCGCCCCGACCUGACGGAUCCGCAGGAACGGUGACAAAGCCGCAUAUUGUUGCGGUCUCGCAAACGACGCGUACCGAGCAGCGGACGCACGCCGACCAGAAGAUGCGAACAGUGCAGACGACAGUUGAAGAGCAGACGUCCUCCAAAGACGUUUCUCCAGAGGAACUUCGUUCAACGCAGCCAAAACUCCUGCUCCCGGAAAGCACCACAGCAACCAACGAAAGCUUGGUGUUCGACACCGGCAACGACGACGACGACGACGAAGAGGAGGACGAGGCGAGGCUGCACUUCCCCAUGAUGAAGAUAACACGACGACCGAGCACCACACCCAGGAGGCCCGCCAUCAUGGACCUCUUCGGCCGCCGCCAUCAUGUCAAGAGCAAGUCGACGACCACCCUGCGACCCGUGCUGCAGCACAACAUCGUCGCGAGGCGCGGGCACCGCGCACGCGGCCAGGAGACCAAGCACCGCAGACUGCAACAUGACAUCGCCGUACGGCGGCGUCGCCAUCACCAGAGCCCGCCGCCGAAGCCGUACCAGAUGACGCUGUUCCACGGCGAACCACUGCACGCAGUUCGCAUCGCGGUCAAGAGGAGGGGCUGAUUGCGGAACAAUGCCGGCCUCUUCAGUGUGGGCGCAGCGUGUGUAGAAUUGGCCCGUGUACCAGUCAGUGCAACCAGACCAUAAAAAUCCUCACGGUGCGUUGAAGCUUUUCUGAUUCGGAAUUGGCCGCGAGCCUUUCGGCUUGAAUUUUUUGCUCGUGGGUUUCGCUCUUAUCGCCACUGUAGGAUACUGCGCACCUAAAUUAUUUAUCGGAGUCAUCUAGUGUGGCUCGCCGAGACCAUCAUGUGAAAUUCAACUAUACUUCCACCCUGGCUUUUGUGUGACAACGGAUAUCCCCAUCUGUUUAAAACUUAUCGUUACGUUUACUAACAGCCCUAAAGAAAGAGAGAGAAAGAAAGCGAAUAGAGGAACCACAGAGAUGAAACGUUAGGUAUUCCACACAGACAGUUUCACCAUCUCAGCAUUAAACAAAGUAAACAACAAAUAGCGUUGCUUUGACCCAAGACGAACGUUUCUUUCGAUCUUCCCCCAGGGUAAGAAAAGAAAUCUCAAUCUAUAGCAAAGGGGCGCAUCGCUAACUCCGAGUAAGACAGCUUCGACGCACUGCUGCUCUAACGGUUACCACUGUCCACAUACCUCGAAAUCCAGAUUUGUUCGUAAUUCUCGACAGGCUUAUACCAGCACCUCUAAAUGCGCGCUAACCUUUCAUAAGAGAUCACCGGCUAAUUCAUUCUGAACUAAAAGAAAAUAAGACGUUACCUACUCAAAAUUUCAUCUGUUAUGUAUAUAUUCUGCAUGUUCAGUUCGCUCCUUGAUGGGACAGGUGCGCUCGUGGGACCGAUGGUGGCAGUUCUUUUUUAAUUCUUUUUUUUUAGUACACUGAGUGAAGUAGGAACGUCGGACGCUGCUCUGGUCCAAGUGUAAACGAUCGCGGGGUGCGGCCUUUUUUUUUUGACAUCCGAGGCCAAAAUUACCGGAUGCUGUGGCUUUUGAAAGGCGCGGUGAUUGAAUUGCGAGGAGCGGCGCAAGACAAUGUUCGAGCGUUCGACCAACAGCCAAUCUAGGUCAUCCUACAACAAUCCGUGUUCAGAAAAAUUCAACCUGGGACUAAAACCGAACGUUUUUUCCGCCCCGACAGUGUACACGCCUCGCAUCACCAGACCAAACCGGCACGUUUUGUGGACGUAGUCAUUUCAUCAACCUUGUUUUCUUUUCGCCAUCAUUUGAACGGUACGGGUGAGCAACCAGAAUUGAGCACGGCGCUGUGGCAGGAACGCUCAAAACGUGGUCCUUUUCACUACAUUUGUUGUGUGUGUGUGUUCAUUUCUAUGUGUUCAUACUGAACUAAGAGACAUUUGCAGCAUUGAACUGUAGGUGUGAGGACUUUGAGUGGUCAGCAAACAUGUACAUCUUUUUUUUACAUGCUUGGUUUUAGAAGGCAACAAAUUUGAUCGAGACACUUGGAGGUAACACGUUAGUGAGUCUCGGACAGGAUCUUUCUUUUUUUUUCAAUAAAGAACAAUAUAUACGAAUACA